CCUAUGCCGGAAGUGCGGGUGGCUCUUUGAGUUGCGCUCGUAGAAUGCAGAGCGUCAGUUUCGCACAAUAACAGACAGAUUUCAAGCAUGGCCCUCAACAACAAUCAUUCUGAAUCUGGAGGUGUUAUCAUCAACAACAGCGAAAGUGUCUUGAUGUCAUAUGAGAAUGUGGAGCUGGUGUUCAGUGACACAGAACGCUUGCCAGAAGCCUUCAGAAAAAGCAAGAAGGGAAGCGUUUACCUGACACCUUACAGGGUGAUCUUCUUGACUAAAGGGAAGGACCCUCUGCAGUCUUUCAUGAUGCCGUUUUAUCUUAUGAAGGCCUGUGAGGUCAAACAGCCAGUACUUGGUGCCAACUACAUUAAGGGAAUGAUCAGCGCCGAGCCUGGAGGUGGUUGGGAAGGUUCUGCAACCUUCAAGUUGAUUUUUAUUGCGGGAGGAGCGAUUGAGUUUGGACAGUACAUGCUACAGGUGGCGGCACAGGCAUCCAGAGGGCAACCGGUGACUGUAAAUUACGGUUGUCCUUACAUGGCGAACGGGGCGUACGCUUACCCUCCACCUCCUCCUGCUAACGGCAUGUAUUCAGCCACACCUCCUCCUCCUGGAUACGCCUACCCUGGACCUCCACCUCCAGGUUAUAACACAACAUAUUAUGUCCAAAAUAGUGCAGAGUAA